UUCCUGAGACACUUUCAUAGUAGCUGUUCUACAAGCACCACCAUAAAAGCAGGCAGCGGCAAGAAGCAACAGCACAAUAGGAACACAUUGAUCGGGAUAACAUACGAUUUAGGGCGAGUAGACCAUGUUUAUCUGCUUAAAAACACAAUGAACUCUUCUAAGCAUUCCUGUAUUAUCCCAUCCAAAGUAAAGUCAUGUUCUUGCUUUCUGUAACUACUCAACGCAGGAACCAAACGAGACAAAAAAUUGGCACAAAGAUUUGGAAUUUGGCAAACAGGAUUCUAAAUUGCUCAAACUGCCAGUCGAAGGAUCCCCAUUAAAAAUUGAUCAGGAACCCACUUCAAAACUCGGCUCAUUCGGUUUUUCCACAAAAGAAAUCAAACAUAAGUUAUACAACAAAGUGGAUAUGGAAGAUGGAGAUGAAUCACCGGAAUCUAACAGAAGAAGGAGAAUUGGGAGGAAGCUUACAUGGAAAUUGGUGUUUGCGGGGUCGCGGAGUCCGUCGGCGGCAGCGUUUACAACCGGAGGGAUUCCGGUGAGAAGACUCAUGGCUGCGGUUGCUUGACGUGAUCAUUCAUUGAAGAGCCGUGGCAGAGAAAGCUGGUGGGUUUGGUUGUCCAACUUCACGCACCUUACAAUAUAUUUCCCUUUUCCAAACGAUACCCGCCGCAAUUCAAACAUCUCCAAUCUUCCUUAUUAGUUAAAUCUCUUUAUCCAAAUCGGGAUUAUUAGUAGCUAAACCAAUACACACCGAUCAGAAGCUGAUGCAAACAGAAAAAAGGGGUCACAAUCUUAGGUUGCUUACCUUUGGUGGGAAGAUUUGGUGCAGUUGAAGUAGGAAAGAGGGUUUUGCUUGCUUGCUUGCUGCUGCGUGUAGUUUAUAGGUGAGGUGCUGAUGUCUAUAUCUCCAUCCGCUUUGCUUACUCGAGAAACAACAAGAAGACGAAGGAAGUUAGGAGGAGGCGACCAACUUGGAAACCAAGUUAAAGGUUGCUGCUGAUGCUGCUGCUGUGGGAGGGACGCCAGAGCAGAAGGUGUGCGGUUGAUUCUUGGUCACCAUCUGAAACCCAACCCUUCACCUUCCUGUCCUUUUCUCCCCAACUCUUCUCUCUUGCUAUAAACCCGUUACCAUUUCCCUCCUUCUGCAAAUAUUUCUGGGUUAUAUAGUUUGUUCAAAUUUACCCACUUGGGUUUUCUGGGUUACGAGCUUUUUUGGAGUUCUGUGGAAGUUGUGGAAAUUGGCGGAGGAUUUGGGAGUGCCUUGUUGGUGUUCGAUCUUUUGCCUCAAAGAGUGCUCAUGGUUUAUCUAUGGCGUGGCGCCACUCAGAUGGGGCCUCACUCUUGUAUUUUGUGAGUGUUUUUCGUUAGAGUCGUCACAUAAACUUCAUGUUGCUAUUCAGUUAAAUUCCAAACUACCCUCCCCUCACCCAGGACGUGUUCUUGCUUACCCAAAAAGAAAUCAAGGAAAGAAAUAGAAAGCUGCCAUUUUCCCCUCCUACGCUCACCAGAUCAUCUUUCUUCUCUUCUUUUAGCUAUUUGAGCUGUUCCAGAGCCUGCCCAUUUUCUGAAAGAUGAGAAUGAAUAUGAGGUACCCUUUUACAGUAGGUUCAUUGUAUAACUCAUCAGGCUCUGCAACUCCAUACGCAUCAAAUUCUCAAGCUGGAGAAGGAGAUGUAAGCGGCAUCAGAAACAGGCCUUCUCGUUCCCCUCCUACCUCGUUCUUGAUACGAGUUGCGAUGAGGGUUUCAAGGGCUAGAUGGUUCAGCUUUCUGAGGAGGGUCUUCCACUACCAGAAUGGCUCAAGGUCCGAUCUCGACACCAACCCUUUCAAUUCCAGGACCUGGAUGUUGCUGGAGCUUGUAGCUUUGAUCCUUCAGCUCGCCGUGAGUGGCUUCACUCUGUCGGUUUCCAAAACAGAGAAGCCUGUUUGGCCCAUGAGAAUUUGGAUAGUUGGUUACGACAUUGGCUGCGCACUCAACUUGCUCUUGCUCUACGGUCGAUUCAGACAACUCUACCGCUCACAUGGAGAAGAAGGCUUUCCACUUCCCGAUCUUGAGCAGCAGAGAAUCAACGAGUCCAGUAGCGACGUGUACCGGUGCACCCACUUGAUGAACAAAUGUCGGACGUCGCUUGAGCUAUUCUUUGCAAUCUGGUUUGUUAUGGGGAACGUCUGGAUAUUCGACUCAAGAUUCGGGUCGAUCAACCGAGCUCCAAAGCUCAAUGUGCUUUGCGUCUCCCUCCUAGCAUGGAACGCAGUCUGCUACUCAUUCCCCUUCCUGUUGUUCUUGCUCCUGUGUUGCUGUGUCCCUCUCAUCAGCACCUUCCUUGGCUACAACAUGAACAUGGGCUCUGCUGACAGAGCUGCCUCCGAUGACCAAAUCUCCAGCCUCCCAAGUUGGAAUUACAAAAGUCUCGAUGACGACGAAAAGGAAGAUGAAAAUUCCAAUCCAACCCCUGCAAGUGAGGAAUGUUGCAUUUGUCUAGCAAAAUACAAAGACAAGGAAGAAGUAAGACAACUUCCAUGUUUACAUAUGUUUCACUUGAAAUGCGUGGAUCAAUGGCUCAGGAUCAUAUCAUGUUGCCCUCUCUGCAAACAAGAACUGAAGAGAUGACAAAAGAGUCAUUCAUCAAUAUGCCUCCUUCCUUCUACGUUCGUAUCAAUGAUAUCAGUUCUCUUGUAUUUAUUCUCUUCUGUUUUUUUCCCCCUCGGGGUUCAUGUCCCUAAUUCGACGAUCGAUAUUAAUUUUUCGGAUGCAUUUUACGUGAAGAGAGGAGCGAAGAUUGGUUACGAGAGUGAGAGAGCUGGCUAGAGAGCUAAAGGCUUUGCUUGCAUGUAUAUUGAAGCAAGCUCACCAGUAGCCAUUUGUUACUACUCUCUGCAUGUUUUCUUAUGAGAAGAAAUCUCAUUUUACUGUAUACAGGCAGGCCAAAUUCAAUGUAUGGCAGUUUUAAUGAUGCAGUCUUUGAAUGACAGUGCCUACAAUAUUAAUGCC